AUUUCUUUUUUGGCGAUUAAUUUUGAUUCAUUUGUAAUGCAACAAUAAAAACAUAAAAGCGAAAAAACAUCAAUUUCUGUAAUUUUUUCUCUAACAACGAAAUGGGCGAAAAGAACAAAAUGGAUUACGAUAUUGACCAUAUUGAACUUGAGACGACUCUUAAGAGUAUUCGUAAAGAAAAACAUGAUAUAGAUAAUGAUCCAACGCCGCUUAUCAGUGCUGCUCCUAUUGGGGAUGGGGAUGAUGACCUUCUUCAUUGGGAAGCUGCAAUUAUCGGUCCCCCUAACUCUCCGUAUUCGAGUGGUGUAUUUUUCCUUGAUAUUCAUUUCCCCAUAGGUUAUCCAUUGAAACCGCCAACGGUAAUCUUUAAAACAAAAGUUUAUCAUCCAAAUAUCAACGGUGAUGGAUGUAUAGGUCUAGACUGCCUAGGUCCUCUAUGGUCACCAGUAUUAACCAUUUCAAAAUUGUUAUUAUCAAUUUGUUCAUUGUUGACUGAUCCAAAUCCAGAAAUUACGUUUGACUCCGAAAUUGCUCACAUAUAUAAAACUGAUCGCUCUCGUUAUGAAGAUAUUGCAUGGGAAUGGACAUGCAAAUACGCCAGUGAUUAUAAUUAAUUUAGUGUAUCUUUUUGAAUAUUUAUAUAUUUUUUUUUAUAUAAUUAAUUAUAGUAAUAAAACCAAAUACGUAAAUAGUUGUC